CUCUCUUUUUCCUUCACGCAUGAUGUGUGUGUGUGAAAGUUGUCCGUUUGUGUGAGAAAGUCCGUUUCUGAACAGAAGUUUGAGGGUUUGGACUCAUCACUGAAAAGUCAACGUGAAAUUAAUGCGCGGAAUUUCGUUGUAAUUUCACUGAAGACAGCUGAGCCGCUGAGAAUUACAUUUCAGAACUUUUCGAAAAGCCUGACAUGUUGUUCAGAACUCAACGGCAAAAAAAAAGUUUGUGUGGAAAGACUUUUUUUGUGUGAAAACGAGAAACGCUUCACUUUCAAAUAGGCGGCGCGAGCGCUUCCACGACCGUUAGUUUCACGAAAGUGACGAGAAAAUUCGUCACAUUUUGAGCCUGUUUGUCUUGUCAGAGCUCAUGAGGAGGGAAAUUGUGCGGUGCCACGUGAUGAUGGUGGAAUCAGCAACUGAGACCAUUCGAACAACAUCCUCCAAUCAAAAUGGAGUCAGCAGUCUGAGCAGCCAAUCGGAGGGCGGAGGAAGAGAGGGCGGGUCCAACGGCGACACCAAUGGCGAGAUCAGCCCUGUGGAUUUACUGCACCUUCAACAGCAGCAGGCUCUCCAGGCAGCGCGCCAGUUCCUUCUCCAGCAGGCCACAGGACUCAGUUCUCCCAGCAGCAACGAGGUCAAACAGAGCCCUGUACAGGUGCCAGUGUCCAUGGCGAUGAUGACCCCUCAGAUGAUCACUCCUCAGCAGAUGCAGCAGAUUCUCUCCCCUCCACAGCUGCAGGCUCUGCUCCAGCAGCAACAGGCCCUAAUGCUGCAACAGCUGCAGGAGUACUAUAAGAAACAGCAAGAGCAGCUGCAUCUUCAGCUUCUCAGCCAGCAGCAGCAAGCAGGGAAGCAGGCCAAAGAGCAGCAGCAGUUGGGCAACAAACAGCUGGCCUUCCAGCAGCAGUUGAUCCAGAUGCAGCAGCUGCAGCAGCAGCACAUCCUCAACCUGCAGAGGCAGGGCCUCGUCAGCCUGCAGCCUGGCCAAGGAGCAGUACCCAUACAGAGCCUGCAGCAAGGUGGGCCAGACGCACUGAUCCCGCCAGAGGAAAUGAGGCUUUUUGCCAUGUGUCCCACGGACCUGCAGCAGCUGUGGAAGGAUGUGGCGAGCGUGCAGAGCGCAGAGGAGGCCAUUAAGCAUGAAGGCCUCGACCUGAGCACCAACAGCUCCAACUCUACCUCAUACUCGGCCUCCAAGGUCUCACCUCAGAUCCCCCAUCAUCCUUUGCCAAAUGGACAGAACUCUGUGCACACUCCAAAGAGAGACAGAGCAAGACUCUUUGAGUGGAUCUCGUCCUUCACCAAGGGGGAGUCCAGUGACGAGCAUCUCACGCCUUACUCCAAAGGCACUCCUCUGCAGAGCACCCACUCAACCCAUGAGGAGCACACAGCCUCGCAUCCGCUCUAUGGCCACGGCGAGUGUAAAUGGCCAGGCUGCGAGGCGCUCUGUGAAGACAUGGGCCAGUUUAUCAAGCACCUCAACAAUGAGCAUGCCCUUGAUGACCGCAGUACGGCCCAGUGUCGGGUGCAGAUGCAGGUCGUUCAGCAGCUGGAGAUCCAGCUGGCCAAGGAGAGCGAGCGUCUGCAGGCCAUGAUGACCCACCUGCACAUGCGUCCAUCAGAGCCAAAGCCUUUCAACCAACCUCUGAAUCUGGCCUCCAGUGGUUCUCUGUUGAAGCGGGACAGUGAGGGUUUCCCUGAGGGUUUGCCUCAUCCUCCCACCUCAGCAGCAACCCCCAUCACUCCCCUGAGGCAGGGCCCCUCCGUCAUCAGCUCCUCCAGCCUGCACGGGGUUGGGCCCAUCCGCCGACGCAACUCCGACAAGUUCUGCACCCCCAUCGCAUCGGAGCUUGCACAGAAUUGUGAAUUCUACAAAAACGCAGAUGUCAGACCUCCGUUUACAUAUGCCUCCCUUAUACGGCAUGCCAUUCUGGAAUCUCCUGAUCGACAGUUGACUCUUAACGAAAUCUACAACUGGUUUACGAGAAUGUUUGCGUAUUUCAGGAGAAAUACGGCAACAUGGAAGAAUGCCGUGCGCCAUAACCUGAGCCUCCACAAGUGCUUCGUGCGAGUGGAGAAUGUCAAGGGUGCCGUUUGGACUGUGGAUGAAGUGGAAUACCAAAAGAGGAGACCACCAAAGAUGACCGGAAGUCCCACUCUGGUGAAGAACAUGAUAUCUGGAUUGGGCUUUGGCUCCCUGAAUGCCAGCUACCAGGCAGCGCUGGCGGAGAGCAGUUUGAGCCUCUUGAACAGCCCCACCCUGGUGAACAACAGCACGGGCGCCAGCCUCAACAUGCUGCAUGUGGGCCAUGACGAUGUGAGCAGCACUGUGGAGCAGGUGAACAGCAACGGCAGCUGCAGCCCCGGCCUGUCCCCACAACAAUACGGACACCAGGUCCAUGUGAAGGAGGAACCGGCUGAGAUGGAGGAGGACAGCAGGCCCGUGUCUCUGAUGGCAUCUGUCACUCAAAACUUGAGCAUGCCUGUUGACGAGCGUGACAUGGAUGAGGAGCUUCCCACCGAGGAACUGGAGUAAGAGGAGGGAGGAAGUGGGUGGAGCCAGGAGGCCCUGCCACUGGUUCUUGCGCAAAGGUGUAAAGUUAAUAAUGACCACAGACAAGCGAGGAAAACAAAGAGAGAUGAUACAGAACCAACUACAAUGUCAAGAAACCAAAACAGGGUUAGACCUCAUCGCUUCAUAAUGCAAAAACACGGAACAUGCGUUUUGUUCUCAUUUUUUUCCUUCUCUACAUUUCUUCACUAAGAAACGUGUUUUAAACUCCGAGAGACAAUUUUUAAGUCAUUAAGUCAUCCAGAACCAGCCGCUGAUGUAUUUUGGACUGGUAACAGAUGCGGUGAGUGUUGGAUCCCUAUUGAAAACUGUUGAGGGGAAACCCCCGAAGUUCAGUGUACACACAGGUUGUGUGUAUCUGCAGGCAAACACAUCACGAGUCCCCCGAGGCAUCUCUCUCUCUCUAUCAGCUUUACUUUAUUUUUUUAUUUUAUUUUUUUUUGCCUGAGAACACUGCUAUGCUUUGGGCUAAACUACAGCUGUGGUUUACCUCAGAAUGAUGCUCAAAGGAGAAGACAGCAGAAACAUCUUCAGAAUGACCUUUCUGUCCUUGUUAUUAUGGGUUCUAUCAGGGGGUCAUAUGGCUUUGUUGCUCCUUUUCCAGAACGCAAAAAGGGCCGAUGCACGGCCGUUUGACCGAAUGACUGCCUCUGUUGUACGCUGACACCUGACCCUAACGUUACCGGACUCGAGGAAGAAGAAGAGGGGACGUUUCCUGUCUUGGAGCAGUUUUAACCUUUCGUGCUCGGACACUGACUGGCCCGUUCUCUGUCGCCGUCUGAUGUCGCUGCCUGAUAUCUGAUGAUAUCAGCAAGCUGGGGAAAAAAAAAGCAGCUAGAACAUUUCUCUCUCUCUUUCUCUCACUCUCUUUCUCUGUCUGCUUUUGUUAGACCAAUAAAAAAAGAAGAAAUCGUUCCCAAAAAAAAGGCAUAUUUUCAGGAAAAAGAAGCAGGACCAACUGGUGCUGGAUUUACAGCGGAACAGCAGGAGGCUCAUAGAAAAUGACUGUACUGUUGAUUGAAAUGUGUGAGGUAGCUUUUGACUCUCUUUUAUUUCAUAUUCAUAGUCAGCUAUUUCUGAAAAGGAUCAACAUUUUACAUUGUGAUGUACUUCAGUUAUAGAUGUGUCUCAUCGAGUAUUAUAUAUACAUUUUUUAUUGAAUCAUUCUGUCAUCAUUCCAGACGGGCUGGAUUUUGAGAGGAUAUCGAUAAUCCUUCCUUCAGACUUUACCAUGAUGCCCUAUUACUUGCUCCACUCUGUUGGAUCGUCAAGGUAGAGGGAAGCAAGACCACAAAUGAAAUCAGUCUACACAUAGCAAGGAGACAACUGAAGAUACACACUCCCAUAGCAAAGAAGGUAGAGAAGGUUUAAUAGCAGAGAGAUGGGCUAGAUUAAAGUGGGUCACACAGUGCAGGUUCCCUGAACGUUCCUGGACUAACCCUACAGGCACUCAUUCCUUUUUUAUUUACAUCAUGUAUUAGGUUGUUUUUUUUUUUAAGAAAUAUCUUUUUAUUAGUGGGUGAACAUCAGCUGUGAUACAAAGUAUUGCUUUAACGGAAAAAAAAACGUUGCGGUCACGGAAUACCUCAUACCACGGUGUUUCCUCUGAGCUCUGUUACGAGGAGGAUCCUUGCUGUGGCUAGCCAACAUAGUGACUCUCUCCAUUUCAGCUUCAAAGAUCUAUAGUAUCUAGAUAUAUGAAAGCUAUCUGCAAUUCACUGUGUGAGUUGAAAAGUGUCUCGUUCGCAUGUGAGAUUUUAAAACUUAGCUUUUUCUUUCAGUGAACUUAAAAAGAAAAAACAACAAAAACAGCAUAAUCCUUCUCAGCAGUGCCAUGCCAAAUUCUACUAAGUUUUAAUUAAUUUUUUUCCUCCCCUUUUUGCUUUUGUUACAGGUUACCAAAGAGAUUUGUAGUAAACCAAAAACCCUCCAUCUUUUAAUUUCUUCUUUUCUUUCUUCCUAAAUAACUGGCCAAAAGAACAGUCAUUUCUUAAUUUAAUGUUUAGUUUUUGUUCUGUUUUUUCUUUUUUUUAGCUUGAAGUAAUUUGUUUAUAACUUACAGUACAGAGCAUUCCAAAAACCAAAGUGUGAGAUGCAAAAGAGAAUUUGUUGGUUUAAGGAGAAAAAAACUGUUUAAGUAUAUGUUAAGUGAAUGAGUUAAAACUAUGUACGGUAUGAGGCCAAAAACAGUAUUAACAAGCCUCUUGCAGUUCCUUAGAUAAUAAAAUAAAGCACUUAAUGUAGGAAAAAAAAAGCUCUACCCUCUCGUGCUCAGGCAAUGGCAGUGUUAAGAACACAACCUUAGAAAAACGCCUCAAGGUCUAAGAUUGCAAAUAAUGCUUUUACAUGCAUAAGGCACUUGAAUGACAGUGAAACACUUUCAUUUGACACUAGAAGCCAGCAGCAAAUACUCAGUGUUCCUGUGUUCAUUAGAUAUGAUUUCCUUAAAUGAAGUGUUUAUCAAUACUUCAAAAUACACUUCAGUUUGACAAAUACCAAAAAGAACAGGCGAGCAUUUCACGAAAACAACAAAAAAAUGAUCUCUUCAUCCAACGCAUUUUCACCAAAUCCACUAAUUUUCUAUUGUUUGAGAUUCAAUUAACGUUUAUGUGAUGAUUUUUAUUAGCGCUAAAAGAGUCUUUUGAAAAUUAUUGUUUGAAAGAUUAACGCUCAUCUACAAAGCGCACCAUUCGCUAAACAAGUAAGGGAUGACUGACAGGAAUGAAAACAUUUCAGAAACGACAGACGAAACGCGUUUGAGCAAUGAUUUAAACAAUGAUUGCACUUCAAACUGCGUUUGAUCCGGGAGGGACGUUUUUAAACAGUACACAGUCUUUUUGUCUUUUUUUUUUCUGCUUUAAGAGAGGUUUAAACACACCUGGUUUAGGAACGGACACAUGUUUCUUACACUUAAAAAAAAUAAAUAAAUAAAUAGAGACCAAAAAUGUUGCUACCUCCUUUUGAAAAUAGUCCACAAAAACAAAAAAGGCCAAUGAAAGACACUCAUAGUCAUGUUCACGGUGUAGUUUUCUCAUUCAUCCUCCAAACCCAGUUGAGAACCAAAAUAUGCUUUAUUGAUGCAUACUUGUGAACAAAGCUCGCCUGGCUUAUCUUUGAGUCCAAAUUCAUUAGCAUGAAUGAAAACAAGCAAACGACACACACAACACGCUGGGGAAAAAAAUAGAAAUGACUACCUCUCCCCUCUUCAAAAAAAAAAAAAAUGCUGACUCUUGUUAAGUGCAAAGCAUUAAAGUGGUCAACAUAUUGAAAAAGGUCUACUCCAAAUUGCAUAUUCGCCAUCUUUAAGUGAUCUAUUAGCAUAGUGUCUAUGUACAGGUCCUCUGUGCGGAGGCUUAAUUGUGUGUUCUAAUUCCGCAUGCAUAAUGAGGGGCCAGGCCCCGCUUUAAGCCAAUGAAACGGCCGGUCAUUAGAGUGCGCUCAAUGGGGCAGUCAGUUGGGUGUCAGAAACGAUGAUAGGCAGAAUGCAUUAGCGCAGGCCUCUCUCUCUCUCUCUCUCUCUCUCUCUCUCUCUCUCUCAAAUGGCCCCCGCUUUCCAAUUAAUGCAGAGUGUAGCUUUGUGACGGCUUUGGGUGGAGAGAGAAGUGGGGGGGGGCGUUGUGGAGAAGGGAAAGAAAAAAGAAAAAAGCACGGACGCACGCACGGAAAAUCACACUCGAGUGAUCGUGGUGCUCUGACUAGCGGUGACUAACACAGUGGGUCUUUUAUUCAUACUGUAGAUCACUCAAAGAUCAUUCCGAUACAAGACAAGCAACAGGCUUAGCUGCAGAGAAGCACUAUGUGACUAGUGCUAGUGAAAUAAAACCAAAAUAUCCAAAGAAAAGUGCUUGUACAUGCUAAAAAAAAGAAACAGAUGGAUAUAAUGACGAUAACAAAGCAUAUAAAUAUGGAUUUUUUUACUGAAUCUCUCAGUAAUAAAGGAACUGCUGCAUUCACUAAAUAAAAAUGUCAAUUGUGCUUUAAGGUACAACCUGUAAACAAAGUUGUUUUAUAAGGUGUAGACUGACAUACGUCAAUGGUAUUAGCGAUCACCAUAACACUUUGGUUACUCUUACAAUCUUGUUGUAAUGAUGUAUUAUUGUAUAUUACCGCUCGGCUUUGCUCUCAAGGGCAUUUUUUCCCCCCGAUUCUUUAUUUUUUCUUUUUUUUCUACAUAGUUUAUUUUGAUUUUCUACACUUGUCUAGCUAUUGUAAAGCUUUGAGCUUCAGAAUUCCUAUACUGUAUUGCUUAUGCUGAAGUGUAUGUAUUUAUCAUAUUAUGUGUUGCAGGUAUCACGGUUAAAUAGGUUUCGUUUUGUUUUGUUUUAUUUUUGUUUCCUCUCUUUUUUUCAUUUUGUCUUCAUAAAACGUCUGGGACGAUGAUUUUUUUUAAGUGUAUCUCAAAAAAAAAGAAUAAAAAAAGAUUAAAAGUUAGAUAAGUGGUUUAGGUAAACACCUGUUUGUAUAUUUAUCUUAGUUAGGUCUAUUUUGAUACUUUUUGUCUCUGUAUUGCAUUUAUGCAUUUUUAAGGAAAAAAAAAUGAGAGAAAACAAAAAACUAAAAAAGUUGAACUCGUUGUGUAAUGAUACCUCAGAAGGACUUUUUCUUAAAAAAGACAGGACCAAAACCUCACAAGGAGAAAGAGGAAAAAAAACAGACCUGAAGAAAAAUAUGUAGCCCUCUCUUGCUUUUAAAGAAGAGCAACUUUGAGGUGUUUAUUUGUGGGUCCUUUUUAGGUGCCAAUAUGUGUGUACAGACUCCCUUUAAACCGAAUCAUUCCUGUAGUUAUCAUAACCGUGUAGCCGUCUCUCACCCGGCAGUGGCGCUUUAGUUCCGUUUUGUUGGCUCUUAGCCCGGCAGGCUUGGUGGGAAAGGCACUCGUUAGCUUAAUUGGCAUUAACAGUGCGGUAAUUAAAAAUAAGCUGAUGCAGUGUCCGCUGUUUUACUGGCUUACUCACUCUUUUGUUGCAUGGAGAGCCAUUGAAAACGUGUCUUUAACACAAUGGCAUCAUGAUUUCAGUCAUUGUUUCUUCUCUCAGAGAGAGGUUAGAUCCACAGACGCUGAUUACCUUUAUUUAUACUUUUAUGUUUUCUUUUUUGCAUAGAAUUUUGAGACUUUUCCUCAGCAGCGUACCAAAUAAGAGUCCCGCAAAGGCUUUCAGAAUUGCAGUUCAUCUUCUUUGUCUGCCAAAGGGGUUGUGUGUAGAUUUCUUUGCUCCAAAUUGGUGAAAUCCACCACAGCUGGAACCAAACUAAGACAUAAUGAAGGUGAAACAGCAGCGUUUCAGCACAAAUGUGCUUUCUCCAAUUCCUUCGUUUCCACUAUACGACUUUUUAACUGUCACAGAGCAGCAAGCACUGCCUUCAUCCAGCCCUGUGAUUGGCCUAAAGCGCCACUGCCCUUUGAUUGACAGCUCCAAGGUGACGUUUGUCCAGGAAAGGGAUCCUUGCAGGGGAGCUUAGCCUGAUGGUAUUAACUUCUUUGGCCAAUCGAAUGGAACUACCACUUCAGCUCUCCUUUUCAUUGCAUCUUAAGAAUGUGUGUACAUUUUUCAGCAGUGACUUCUAUGUACUUAGUUUAUUAUAUAUAUAAAUAUAUAUUUUUUGUUUACUUUUUUUUUGGUUUUAACUUUCAAAUGAGACUUUGGGGAAAGAAUAGGUGGUGGUUCUGAGAUGGUAUAGAAAAAAAAAGGCAACUAGCCAUCCACCAUUAUUGUUUUUACCCCGGGGUGACCAUGUUUAUGCCAGUCACUGCCAUUUUUUCUUCAUGCUGUAUAAAAAACACAUAUAUCUGUGUAUUUGUAACCUGAAUCUUCUUGUGUCUGCCCAUGCAGACAAUAAAAAAAACUGUACAGUAGUUCUAGUUGCAUGUAAUCUGUACUAAUUAUUGACAAUGGCAUUAUAAAAUGCAAUAAAAUACUUAUUACACUGUC